AUGGCGCCGUCUGCAACUCCGAGUAGCUCCCGCCGCUUUUUGCGCCCGAAGCUCCGACAAGCUACCUUUGUCCUCCCCCGAACUGGUCAGCGCUUGAAAGGCCUGGUGAGCCUGCGCAAUCCCCCCCGACCCGCAGCGGUAUCCGGUGACGACACGGAACACGAUGAACGGCGCGGUUUACUUUCGGGUCGGAUCGAGACCAAUGAAUCUGUGGUUUUUCGAUGGCUGUCAGCAUUAGUGACAUGGACGAGAGAGACAUGGAUCAGGCUGUACCGGUUCUUCACGUCGGAGCCCGGCAUUGGGGUCUUGAAGAGCAGUCUGGCAUACUUCCUGGGGUCGCUGGCGACUUUUAUUCCAGCAAUAUCGAAUUAUCUUGGCCAUCAAGAUGGCAAGCAUAUGGUUGCAACGGUCACGGUUUAUUUCCAUCCGGCGAGGUCCCAAGGAAGUAUGAUUCGAGCUCUGAUAUGCGCCCUGCUGGCAUUCUGCUACUCAGCCUUCUUAUCCAUCACGAGCAUGUUGGUGGAAAACUUCUUUCAAGACACUCUCAAUAUGUCUGCUCUCGGCCACGCAGUUGUUUUGAUUGUGUUCUGCGGUGGUGGGCUGGGCUUUGUGGGGUGGACCAAGCAACGACUUGGAGAUCCCCUGGUCAACGUGGCGUGUUCCCUCACAGCCCUUUCAACUAUCACGGUCUUGACAAAAGAGGGUGCUGUGCAAAGUGGCGAUCUGUCUUUGAACAAGAUCACCCAAGUUCUGAAAAUGGUGAUCAUGGGAGUGUUAGUGGCCAUGACCGUAUCAUUUGUGAUCUUCCCCAUCUCUGCCCGCAAGAAACUCCGUGCGAACUUGGUUGUUGUGACGGACACACUGGCUACUAUGUUGGCUAUCAUUACGGAAAGCUUCCUCAGCGGGUCUGAGGAAGACCUUAAAUCGGCCGAGUUUGUUGAAGCGGAAACAAAACAUCGAAAGGCCUACAACCAGCUAGACAUGCUUGUUCGAGAAGGAAAGCUCGAGCAUCUCGUGGCUGGUACCGAGCGAGAAUACCGUUUGGAGAAAAAGCUAGUCCGCUGGGUGCAGGAUAUCACCCAUAAUAUGGGAGGGUUGCGCAGUGCAGCCUCGUUACAAUUCAGUCUCAUCCGAGAAACCAUUGCUCGAGAGUCCGGCUCCUCCGAUGGAAAUACUCGUGCUUCUCAGACGGAGUAUUUUGCCUCCCUUGAACGCUCCUGGUCCUUCCCAGAUGGAUCUUUUCUGGAAACGAUCGAUGAACGCCCAGAAGAACAGCUCACCCCUGGAGGGAACGUGCCUACUUCGAACUCUGAUGGCAUUGUAGAAGGGAAUAGCAAAAAUAAUUUGUUGCCCGCAGACGUAUUUACGAUAUUCAUAUCCCACCUAGGCCCAUCUAUGCGGUCCUUAGCUUUUACUUUGAAGGAGAUCUUCAACGAGAUCCCCUUUGGCCCGGCCCCAAACUAUAAAGUAUCAGUCGAUAGUCGACUACGGACUAGUUUAGACCGGGCUCUGGACCUCUAUCAAGAAUCUCGACAGAAGACCUUGAAAUCCCUCUACCAGCAGACGGAGACGAUGAAGUUCAAAAGUCGUGAAGCUGAGGCGGAUCUGGAAGAAGUUUCCGCCAGCUGUGGCCAUUUUAGUUUUUCGCUGAUGGAGUUCGGCGAGCAGCUUCAUGAGUUGCUUGCUAUAUUAGAUGAACUCCAGCUGGAAACCGAGGAACGACCUGGAGGCCGAUCCUGGAGUUGGCUGAAGUUCUGGAGACUCAAAGACCGGAAUUUGACUGGAACUCAGCCAUCUUUGCUUGCUGCCCUGGGCCCUGAAGAUCGAAUUCCCACUGCCGCGCAGGCUCGUCUCCGUCCAGCAGAGACCACCGUCAAGGAGAGACUCGGCUAUCGACUCUGGAAGUCUUUAGAGUUCUUCCGACGAGAUGACACCAAAUAUGCCAUCAAGGUUGGAGCGGGAGCAGCUCUCUAUGCCCUGCCUGCUUUUCUUCCGGCGACACGGCCGUUCUAUCAGUCCUGGCGUGGGGAAUGGGGUUUGUUGUCGUACAUGCUGGUAUGUUCCAUGACGAUUGGGGCCUCUAACACUACCGGAUAUGCUCGAUUCCUCGGUACUUGCCUGGGCGCCGGCUGUGCCAUUCUAUCCUGGUAUAUCUCCAGCGGGAAUGUGUUUGGCCUUGCAUUUUUAGGGUGGCUGAUGUCGAUCUGGACAUCCUACAUCAUUAUUGUCCGUAGUAAUGGGCCCAUGGGACGGUUCAUCAUGCUUACCUACAAUCUUUCGGUGCUCUACGCCUAUUCACUUGCUCAAAAGGAUGCGGAUGGCGAUCCUGGCGAAGGGGGCCAGAACCCUAUCAUAACGGAAAUUGCGCUCCAUCGGGUUGUUGCGGUGCUGUCCGGCUGCAUCUGGGGCAUCAUCAUCACUCGGGUCAUCUGGCCGAUCAGCGCACGAGGUCGAUUGAAAGACGGCCUCAGUCUGCUCUGGCUUCGGCUGGGCUUGGUCUGGAAGCGCGAUCCUCUGUCUACGAUGGAAAAGAAUGGCCGCUCGAUCGUGUACAUGACGGCUCGGGAAAGACUCGAGCUCGAAAGAUUUCUCUCUCGCCUAGAGUCUCUGCUGAGUGCCGCCGGCUCUGAGUUCGAAUUACGCAGUGCCUUUCCCCAUGCUACGUACGCCAACAUCAUUCGCCGCACGCGGAGCAUGGUGAAUGCAUUCCACGCGAUGAACCUGGAGCUGAUGAAGAGUGAGACGGCCACAGAGGGCGAGAUGAGUCUUCUACGAUAUACUGCAGUCGAACGCAAACAGCUUUCGGCCCGUAUCAGCCAUCUUCUAACUGGUCAGUGUUCUUUCUUUUUCUCUCCCCUUUUUACUUGCCUUGCAAUAGUUCUUGUGACUGAGACAACUCUAGUGAUGGCAUCGUCCAUGAAACUCGAGUAUCCGCUCAGCGAUGUCUUGCCCAGCAUAGAUCAUGCGCGGGACCGGCUCCUCGCUCGCAUCUAUCGCUAUCGCCAAGACGAAGAGGCGUCGCAGCUGACAACCGAUGAAGACAGUGCCCUCUCCUACGCGUACAGUAAGUCUCCCUGCGCUCUCUGGUCUUUAACUGUCGUUCUUGGCUGA